UUCCCGUACCCGGCAGGAGCUUUCCCGGAGCCGGGGCGGCCCAGCACGGCCGGACCCACGGGAGUCUGUGCGUGCGUGUGUCCCCCUGCAGUAAACCCUCCCCCGGCCGUGGGUCCCCGCUUCUGCCCGGCGGGAGAUGUGGUUUUUAUCCCUGUAUCCCUCCUCCUGGGACCACCAACCCUCCGGCUCCAUAUCCCGCUCCUGCCGCCGGCGAUGGAGAGAUGGAGCCACGUUUCGUGGCGAGGAGGAGCUGAUCCACUCGGGAGAGUCUGUGGGAGGAAACCCGGGGCUGGUUUGUGAAGUUACAGCUACGGCAGAGUAAUUCUGUGCUUACGUGCGAGGACACGGGUCUGUGCAGGGGACACGCGCGGUGUCCUCUCGUGUGACAGGGGACAGCUUGUUGGACGCGGAUUUGGGGAGGAAGGGAUCCAGCUCUCUGCUUCCGAUCCUCGCAGCCAUUAAUCGCCGUCCGGCUCUCGCUUUCCCAUCAGAAUUGCAUUAAGCAGCGCUGGCUGGCACUGCGCCGCUCGCUCCAGCCUGGCUUUGCCGAGGGAAUGCUGUCUGUGUAGGGAUGGAGCAAGGCUGGCACCGCUCUCCGCCCGGGCUCCUCCGUGAUGCUGGGCCGGGGCACAGCCAGCAAUCCCCAUCACUCCCCUUGCCACUGGAUGGUGCCUUCGGAUUCUGCAGGGCGCUCCUCUGGUUGAACGCACCUUUUGUUGGAUUUUUUUCCCCUUUUUCCCCUAUUAGCCAAGGAAAACUUCGCAACUUCCCUUCUCUUUCGGAGAGGAGCCGCCGCCGCUGGGUUUCAUUUUGGGUUGUUUUAAUUUGAGGUCACGUGCACGUUGACAGUGUCUUUGAAUCUAGCGAUGGUCUCGUCUCUAGCUUAAAAGGAGCUUUUGAGCUCUUCCCUCUGUUGUUUUCUCUCUGUUCAGGAACAAAGACAUUUUGGUGCCUUUAAUUAAAAGGAAUAUUAAUUCUCCGCUCCUUUGUCGAGAGACUUGAAGACUCUCUGCAAACAUCCGUCUGCCCGGCGCCGCAGAGGGGUGAGCUCUGCUAUGCCACAGGGCACGGAGAUACGGGGCAGCAAACCCAAAACUCCACAGUGAACGUGGAGCAGCAGCCAGGGACGAUGCUGACAGCCCCGCUGCCCGUGGUCCUUGAGUGGGAGCCCCACGGGGCUGAGCUGCCGCGCAGGGCAGGCGCUCAGGGCUCCGGAGGUGUGUAGGGCAGGUCCCUGCGCAGAGCGUUUCCACACAGGCAGGAAUCUCGAGCGUUGCUUGUGCUGUGGUUGGGGAGGCAAGUGGACGUGAACUUGGCUGUGCGAAGGGGGUUUUUCUCUGCCUGCUGCCUCCCGGUUGCUGUCUGUGCUGGCAGAUAACGCGGAGACGCCGGCCGCCACCAUGCCCGACUCGCCGGCCGAUGUGAAGACGCAGUCCAGGUCCACGCCGCCCAGCAUGCCUCCGCCGCCGCCAGCCGUCACGCAGGGAGCCACACGGCACCCGUCCUUCACACCAAACACCAAUCGAGACGCUGGCCCUCCGACGUUUCUGCCUCGCGGCCGUUUUCAUGGUUGCUUGAAAUGGUCGAUGGUCUGUCUUUUGAUGAACGGGAGCAGCCACUCACCAACUGCCAUGAACGGGGCCCCAUCCACCCCAAAUGGGUUCAGCAACGGGCCGGCCACCUCCUCCACCGCCUCCCUGUCCACGCACCAGCUCCCUCCAGCCUGUGGUGCCCGGCAGCUCUCCAAGCUCAAGCGUUUCCUCACCACGCUGCAGCAGUUUGGCAACGACAUCUCCCCCGAGAUCGGGGAGCGGGUGCGCACCCUCGUCCUGGGGCUCGUGAAUUCCACACUCACCAUCGAGGAGUUUCAUGCCAAGCUCCAGGAGGCCACCAACUUCCCGCUGAGACCCUUCGUCAUCCCCUUCCUCAAGGCCAACCUGCCGCUGCUGCAGCGGGAGCUGCUGCACUGCGCCCGCAUGGCCAAGCAGACCCCGGCCCAGUACCUGGCGCAGCACGAGCAGCUGCUGCUGGACGCCAAUGCCUCCUCUCCCAUCGACUCCUCCGAGCUGCUCCUGGAGGUGGGCGAGAGCGGCAAGAGGAGGACGCCAGACAGGACCAAAGAGAACGGUUUGGACCGAGACCCUCUGCACCCUGAGCACCUCAGCAAGCGGCCGUGCACCAUGAGCCCGGCGCAGCGCUACAGCCCCAGCAACGGGCUGAGCCACCCUCCCAAUGGAAUGGGGCACCCCCCGGCUGCUCCCCCGCUGCCCCAGCACUACCGCCUGGAGGACAUGGCCAUGGCGCAUCACUACCGUGAUGUCUACCGGCACUCUGACCCCCGCGAGCGCCAGCGGCCCGCCGCAGUGCAUGGGGCACGGCAGGAGGAGGUGAUCGACCACAGGCUAACUGACCGGGAAUGGGCAGAGGAGUGGAAACACCUCAACAAUCUGCUGAACUGCAUCAUGGACAUGGUGGAGAAGACGCGCCGGUCGCUGACGGUGCUGCGGCGGUGCCAGGAGGCCGACCGCGAGGAGCUCAACCACUGGAUCCGGCGCUACAGCGAUGCCGAGGACAUGAAGAAGGGCAGCCCCCCCUCUGCCCGGCCCCACAACAGCUCCUCCGCCUCCGAGGCACCCCAGUUAGAUGCUCACCGGGAGUUCACACCUCGGCCCCUCUCUGGGUACAUGCCGGAGGAGAUCUGGAGGAAGGCUGAAGAAGCCGUGAACGAGGUGAAGCGCCAGGCCAUGUCGGAGCUGCAGAAGGCUGUGUCGGACGCCGAGCGGAAAGCCCACGAGCUGAUCACAACGGAGCGAGCCAAGAUGGAGCGAGCCCUGGCCGAGGCCAAGCGCCAGGCUUCCGAGGAUGCCCUCACUGUCAUCAAUCAGCAGGAGGACUCCAGCGAGGUGGGGGCUGGCAGGGGAGAGCUGGGGGGGACAGGGUUGGUGGCAGCACGGGCGUAUAGGAUGUGGUCCUUCUGCAGUCAGAGCUGCUGGAACUGCGGGCGCAAAGCAAGCGAGACCUGCAGUGGCUGCAACACCGCCCGCUACUGCGGCUCCUUCUGCCAGCACAAGGAUUGGGAGAAGCACCACCACGUCUGCGGGCAGACUCUGCAGGGGCUGCCGGCCCCCGCUGCCCCCAGCGCCGGUGUGGGGCUGCCACCGGGCCCGGGGCAGCCCGACGGGGUGGCCACCAUCGCCAGCAGCCCCAGCGAGACGGGCUCGGUGUCCGCGUCCCGCGCCGGCACGCCGGCCACCCCGGCUCCGGUGGAGAGCGCGUCCCGCUGAGCCAGGCUGGGACCAACGCUGCUGCCACCGCUCUCCAAGAGACACGGACUGCACUCGAUGCAAUCUCCUCAGCUACCUGACUCGUGUGACCUCCGAAACGACCUCUCUAGCUCUUCACAAAUAAUCCUCACGGAUCCUCAAACUGGGCUUUAAGUGGAGUUAAGGCAAAUACCGGUCUUCUCUGUUCUCUCUUCAGUCUUAGUUUUGGCUUCUUUUUUUUCUUGGUUGGUUUUCUAUCAGUUGAGGGAUUGUGGUUUGGGUAUUUUUUGGGUUUUUUUGGGGAGGGGGUUUGUCCUAUUUUUUGCUUUCUGGAUGAGGGAUGUGGCUGCAGCCUCGCCAUGGAGUGACAUGGGGAGAGGCCAGCUUGGUUCUGGCCCAUACUGGCACUGCCAAGGGGCUCGCUUGCAGAAGGAAAGAAACUUCUUUUCUUCAUCUCUCUCUUAAUUUUUUCCCCUUUUUUUUUUUUUUGUAAAAAAAAAAAUAAAGAAAUAAAAAAGAAAACAUCGAACUCUUUGGCUUUAAGUAAGAAAUUGUAAAAAAGGAAUAAAAAAAAGAAAAAAAAAGAAAAAAAAAAGAGAAAAAUCCAAAAACCAGACGACGCCAAGUCAAGCCGCGCGACGGACGCUCACCUGUAACUACCUUGCUAGCUAGCCAAGAACAGACCAGACUCACCUCUGCUCCAAAGGAAAUCCAAAACCAAGGAAGAUCCAAACGUCUCUCCACUGCCAAAGUUCGUUCCGUUCUGUCGUCGCUCCCUUCCCUCCCCGCAAGGCCGGAUGGAUGCGCCCCUGGGUUUCCAUUCCAAUAAAGCAAAAAAUGGGUGUUUUCCAAGCAAAUCGAAGUCCCCGAGCUGCAGGAGGGGGAGACGGUGGCUGAGAACCGCAGCCGGAGCUGGCACAUCUCUACCUCUGCCCGCCGCCGCCAUGGAAAAAGAGAGUUAAAAACAGAGAUUAAACGACAGAUUUUGGUGUUCUCCCUUCCCGAAGCCGGCAGCCGGACCCCCCCCUCCAGCCCUAUUCUGACAGGCUGCUCCCACACCCCGCAUUGGAUUUGUUUCACGUGGAUUUGGAAGAGGAAGAAGGAAAGGAAAGGAAAGCAAGCAUCACCUCCUUCCCGGCCGAGGAGGCAGCCAAGGACGAUGCCGGUUGUUGUGUGCUUCUUGCACCGUUGUACAAAGCGCAGAGGACGGGAGUGCAAUACGGAAAGUCGCCCGGCUCCGAGAGGAGGGAAGCCCCACGCGGGGCAGGAGUGCUGUAUGCUAAUGUGAAUGUAAAUAGUGUUUUGCAGAGGUCCAAAAAGAUGCUGAUAGUAACGAUAAUAAUGACGAUAGCGAUAAUAAUAAGAGACAUUUGCCAAACGAAGGAUGAUGAGAACGCGCUGGAGGCCGCGGUGGGGGGGAGCGAGGCUGGAUGUAGGCGAGCAGCAGUCGUGUGCUCCAUAGGAGAUGUAAUUGUUCCGCAUUUGCAAAACCAUCCUGUGUGUUUUCUGUAGGGGAGGAGGAGGAGGGAAGGGCUCGGGGCCGGGUCUGUUGUGUUAUCAGUCACCCAGGGGCCCGUGCCGUGCCACUGCCGCAGAGCUUGGUGCACGGGACACCACCGAGGUGAUGUUCUUGGACCUGUGUAACCAGCACCGAGCCCUGCUGUGGGUUUCUGUGCACCCCAAGGUUUCAGUGCGUUCCCUAUGGGGUGGUUUCUGUGCACCCUGAGACCUUGGUGCAUACCCCACGGGGUUUCUGUGCACCCCAAGGUCUCAGUGCAUCCCCUGGGGUGAUUUCUGUGUACUCCAGGGUCCCAGUUCAUCCCCUCAGGGGGUUUCUGUGCACCCCAAGACCUUGGUGCAUCCCCCCGGGGGGUUUCUGUGCACACCAAGGUCUCGGCGUAUCCCUCCAGAGGGGAUUCUGUGCACCCCAAGGCUGGGAGCUCUCCCGGGUUGCCCCCCCCUCGAGUGACUGUUCACUUUAUUUAUGGUGUGACAUAUGUAAUAUUGUCUAUUUUUCUUACGUUUCCUGAGAAGAGGUAAUAUAUAAGAGUUCUGCAGAUGCGCCUGCUGCGAGGCCACCUGCUCUCCCGGGUGUCCAUCCCAUCCCUGCCCUUCCCACCACACGUGCCCCUGCGUAUCCCCAUGUGUCCCCAGCCCCGCGCCGGGGCUCUGCCUCUCUACCUCCGCCUCACCGGGAAACCGUGGACGAGAGCAUUUCCAUAGGGAAUUUCCAUGGGAAUGCUCUCGUUUCCACCCCCUUCUGGUUUGCUUCCGUUUCUUUUCCUUACUUAUUAUUUCCUUCUUUUGUUGUUUUUUCAGUGACAAAAUUACCCAACAGAACCUUGCAUUGAAACCAAAAGCCGAGGGAGGGAUGGGAUGGGCAGUGACGGGCGGCGCUAGCAGAUGUCCAAACCAGAGCGACAGCUUUAAAGUGUAAUAUUUCCCAAAAACGUUAGUUUUUAGCCACAUCCCUCGCAGUGAUGUGAGCUGGGGAGGUGCUGGCCAGAGCUUCUGUGGGGUUUUACUCCAAAAUGGUGUUGGGGCAUGUGGGGGGCCAGGGGAUGUGUGCCCUGUGCCAUGCCCAAGCCAUGUUCUUUGGUGGUUUUAUGUGCUAUGGGAGAUGGUAGAGGGAUGAGCAUAGCUGGGAAUAGGGACACCCCGGUGGCUGUGGGGCAGUUCGGGGACACGGGGGUUGAGGUGGCUGGGCAUAGUCCUCUGCUGGAUCAUGGACGCAUGGCCACCCAUAGAUCCCCUUCUUGGUUUCCUCCCCGCCAUCGCAGCUUGGGGACAGUGUUGGUGGUGUGGGGAUAGAGGUCCUGGUCCUCAUGGGGAGGCAGACCCCAGGAUGCUGGGUGCGGCACUGUGCUGGAGGAGGUGGAUCCAGUACGCGAGGGUCUCUCCAGCUCCUUCCUCGCGUUCCCAACCUGACGUCCCACUGAAACCAAAGUGCCGCAUCCUGGUGAGCCUGGGCACCCUGGAGCAGGGUCCCACGCCUGCCUGGGCUCUGCUCCAUCACUCCCAGAGCCCCCUAUAACCCCCUGCAGCUUCUCCGUGCCCUUCUCCUCUAGGGCCCACCGGGGUCCUCUCUUCUCCUCGGGGUGACACUCUGGCUCCUGGUGGGUUUGAGGUUGGGAACAAGAUGCCACGUUGUUACUAGGUCCCAGGCACUGCGGACCAGGUCCCAGGACCUGGGUGCCUUGGUGGCAUUCCCAGGGGAUCCUCUGAUGCCACUGAAUGCCAUAGCCCCAGGAGGGAGGUGCUGUGCCACCAUCCCCCCUUACUCAAGGCUUUCCUGCUCCCAUGCCCUGCCUGUGUGACCCUGCCAGCCCUGGGGAUGGGGAUACCGGGGCAUGGGGGGUGACAGGGGGCUGGAAACCAGCCCCGACACAUGGGUUUUGGGGGGUUUGGGAGGGUUUUGGGGGGCUUGGGGGCCAGCCCAGAGAGAUGACGUGGUAGGACUUUCCUUCGGCAUGCUGUCCCCCCCCCCCACCCCUUUGCUGUUUCCCGCUUUCUCUUAAGUGUACUGUAUGUUUGACCUGUGAAAGAUGUAAACUUUAUGAUUCAGGUUAUGUCUGUUCUUAACUCUGUAUCUGUGUAAUAAAGACAAUUUAAUAUCAA